GGCUGCGCGCGUGUGCCGAGCGGUAGGAGGAAAGAGCCGGGCAGCCCCGCCGGAGAAACGGGGCGAGGCAAUGCCAGCCGGACCCUGGCGCUAGAGCCGAGGGGGCACGGGGCAGCGCUGCUGACUCCCGGCUGCGGCGGAGGGAUUCGGACGGCCCCCCGAAGCGCAGCAAACUGGAGAAAACAAGAUGGGUAUCUCGAUGGCCCGUCGCAAGGACGCGCCGGCGGAGCAGCUGUGAAGGGACGCCGACAGAUGCCCUGAUGUUUGCUCUUCUUUGCAAAUACCAAAUCUAUCUGAAAUUGGCCAAUGCACAGACAGUAGCUGUGAAGCCCCAGUAGGAGAAUGAGUGAGAGGGACAUCCGAAGCUUGAGCAAAGGAGUAUUGGUGCUCUCUCUCUGCCUUAUAAUGCUAUGGGGAAGGCUGACUCUGGCCUCAUCACACCACAGAAGCCAUUCAGUGCACAUAGAGCCUGGCACAUGCGAAGUCAUUGCUGCCCACAGAUGCUGCAAUAAGAACAAGAUUGAAGAGCGCUCGCAAACAGUGAAAUGUUCCUGCUUUCCAGGUCAGGUGGCUGGGACAACACACGCUGCUCCUUCAUGUGUAGACGCCUCAAUAGUGGUUCAGAAGUGGUGGUGCCAAAUGCGCCCAUGCCUAGAAGGAGAGGAGUGUAAGGUACUACCAGAUUUGUCCGGAUGGAGCUGCAGUACUGGAAACAAAGUAAAGACAACCAAGGUGACACGGUAGAUUUGGGAAGAUCUGCUCUUCUAUGAUAUGCAGCUGUGUUGACAUGGCUGGCAUUGCAGAAAGGGCACAACAUGGCUUUUCUUCAGGUGCAAGAUAUUUCUUGUAUGCUCUGCAGACCUAGAAACAGGAGGACCUCCUUGCCACCGGAUAACAGGAUAGAAGACAAUUAUGGUAUAGGAUGGCUAUUUUUCAAGGGCACUUUAUUGUUCUUCCUUACAUACAUCUGCCAAGGGAGUGGUGCUGCGGUUUGCUCCAUCCUGCGAGAACAAAACCAAGGAUUACAGAAACAGGGUGACACACUUAUCUGGGCAGAUAUCUUGGGAAAUUUCCCUUGUUUUUGACAAUACUGCAUCAACUACCGAUUCAAUGCAGCCUCUAAGGUAUUUACCCAUCAACUGCUACUAAGUCUACAAAUAUGGGUCUUGAAUGCGGUUACUAUAACUGCUCCACAUUUUCCUUCCACACCAUGGAUGUAGCUGCAAGAAAAAAAUGCAUUUCGUCCCUUUCUGCUCAACUAAAUACUGGAGUUGCAUAGAAUGUCUCGAUGACAAUAAAGGGGAAAAAAGCAGCUUUCCUUCUGUUUAGUUCUCCUGUGUCUGUAGGCUGGCUCUGAUGAAUACUAAGAGAAUCAAGGUGUCAAGUGGGUGUUGCAUUCAUAUUUAAAAUAAAAUUAGUGUUUUUACAGAAUCUUCCCAGUUUAUGCUUUUGUCACUUUCAUAGAAGACAGGCUUUGAGUUCUGAAAACAAGGAAUGAAAUUCUUAUCUCAUUGUGGUGUAAAACUAGAGGAAGUCCGAGAAAGACAAUGCAGUUGCUCCAACAUUUGCCCAGGUACCGGUAUCAGAUUCUGUACCUGGAUGGAUGGGACAAUCUACAGUACAGUUAGAAGUGCAUUGCUGGAAACACAAGAGAUGAGAAAAAAUAUUCAUAAUUCAUAAUUCUUUUUCAUAAGUCACAUGAAGGGCUAUCUGCUGGUCUUUCCCUCUCCUGUUCAGUAAUUAAUCAGGCUUACAGUCCCAUCUCUUCUGUUCCUUCAAAGUCACAGGAAUACAAUUAUUACCAAAAUUCUAUUGCAAAUAUUAGAGUGAGGAGGGAGUGUGUCUUUGCUAUGUUGUGUCUGGUACAGUCUUAAUUUUUACUUUUACUCAGAAAACUGAGAGAGCUUAGUUACAUUAGUAUUAAAUAAAGACUUUUACCUGACAACUGUAAUGAGUUCAGAUCCCUCUCAGGGACCAAAUGAUUGCUCUUAUUCCUCUUCACAAGAAAAUAUUAUGAAAACUAAGUUAAAAUCCCCAGCUUGUUAUACAUUGCUGUUUCUGCUGAUAUCCAUGGAGGAAGGGAGGGAUCCACAUUCAAGGGGUUGUAACAAGGUUUUAGGAAAUGUUUUUUUUCCAGGGAGGAUAGGAGAAAUCAGCAGACAGACACAGCAUAGCUUUGGUGAAAUUCAUCUUACUUUUAUUUUUGAUGCACAUGACAUCUGAGCCCCAAAGUGAAAAUGCAUAUUCAGAGUCUACUUAGCAAUUUUCAUAGCAAAUUAGAACAUCAAACAUAUAAUAGAAGGGAUAGGUUUUCUUUAACAUGAGUCACUGUUGAUGUUUCCAAUUGGACUGCUAAGAUCUACUACCAGUUACUUUACAUCCAUAAUCAUGUUCCAUGUCUUAUUAUGUCUACCUUGAUCAUGAAGGUGUGUUGAUUUAACUUGGGGGAGGGUAGUGGAUGAGGCUGAGAAUGAUUGCAUACCUUACUAAGUAUAAUUCAAAGUGAACAUCAAAUUCCAACUCAGGCAAGAUGGAUUACUGGAGCAACCAGAGAGAAUGGAGUGGGCAAACAGCUGCACCUUCAAAACUCUGCCUUGAGCUGUCCUACUUGGCAGUGGCCUGGCCUUCAUGAUGUGACUGUACAACCUGCUGACUUUGUUAUCUAAACGUUUUUUGUAACAGACUAUGUUAUACCUGCUUCAGAUGCGAUGUAAA